CAUCAUGUUUAGACUGCAUAAAGCAAAACGAAUAACGAUCGCCUGAUGAUAUCACCACUGAAAUUAACUUGACAGAAUCAACAAGAGUUUUCUCUCUGUUUUAAAACAAGUUCAAAUAGGUUUUGCCGGACACAAGAGUUUAAAGACGACUUUUAGCCUCAGCCUCUGAAAAACUCAUUGAAAUUUGAGGCGGACGUUAUUUAGACUUCAAGUCAAGAACUAAUCAACAAAAAAAGAAGAUCCAGGUUUCUCACGAUGAACAAUCGCCAGGUGCUGUUAUUCACGGCGGGGCUGUUGACUGUCAUGAUAACACUAGUAUGUCAAGACUGUCAUGCAACAAGGAUCCUGAUGCAUAACGUCUCAUCUGAGUAUAAACUUCGACGAGAAUUGCUGACCAACUAUGACCGUCUUGUUCGUCCCGUGUUAUCACCGCUGGCCGUAGUGAACGUGUCAUUCUUAGUUAAACUUCUUAGUAUUUCAGAUGUGGACAGCAAGAACGAAGUUAUGACCUCUAAAGUCCUGAUAGAACAGAUCUGGGAGAAUCCAUAUCUCAAAUGGGACCAGUCCCACUUCGACGGAAUCAACCGCGUUCGUAUGAGCAACAAGGAAGUCUGGGUACCGGAUAUAAAGCUACAAAACAGCGCAAAUAAUCCAUCACAGGACACCCAACAUCUGCACGAGAACUGGGUUACUGUCUAUAGCAAUGGUACAAAUGUCUGGGUGUCCAUAGCCAUGAUUUCCAGCAAAUGCGACUUUGAUAUCAGCGUUUUUCCAUUCGACGAACAAAAAUGUUCAAUUGUCUUUGCAUCUGAAUCGUACGACACGGAAUUACUCGAUAUCUAUCUGAAGCAAGGUGAUCAGCUCAACUUAGGGAAAAAACCCGUCAAAGAAUUAGAUCUAAAGUCAACAAGUAAUGGAGAAUGGGAGACUGGAUCGUUCACUGCUUUUCGCCAAGUGAAGCAAAGUAGCUGCUGUUCCACACCUUUCGUACACGUCAAAAUUCAUCUACGCAUAACUCGUAUUCCUACCUUUUACAUCCUUUACCUUCUUUCUCCUUUCAUAGUUCUUUCUCUGCUUGUAUUCUUCAGUUUUAUCAUCCCACCUGAUAAUGGCGAGAGGAUAGGCUUUUGUUCCUCGCUUCUUCUUUCUCUCAGUGUCUAUCUUCUUCUCUUCUCGGAACUCAUGCCCAAUAACUCUAGAAAGUUGAACCUUUUUGGAGUAGCGUUUGUGUUGAUAUUUCUUGAGUCAGCCGCGGUUCUCGUCGCGACUUUGUUUGUUCUUAAAGCAUACCACGCGACGGGGGAAAUUCCCGCAGUUUUUAAGCUUUUGCACUACUGUUCUUUUUUUCGUCUUGGUUCAUCUAUAAAGAAACGAUACCCACUAAACCGAGCAAAGAAAAACCAGAUAACUAAUCGAUCACACUCACUGAAUGAAAAAGAGCCACCCCUCGGUAUCAAGUCCGAGACAGCAGCUGAAGACAUUUCAUUAGCAAACGUGAAUCAGGGAACUAGAAUAGAACAACACGAACCUGACGAGGAACCUGGAGAUGAGUUGACUUGGCGUAAAGUUGCUCGCCGCUUGGAUCGCUUCUUCUUCUGGUGUUUCUUGUUUGCUUUUGUCGUUACUGUUAGUAUAAUAGGAAUGUUGAACCAAGACUUAGGCGAAGUAGAAAUUACUAUUUAAACUAAGAUCUAUCGGCUAUUCCGCAAGAAUCCCUCUCUUGUAUCUAAGGACUUUCUAAACAUGACCGUCAGUUAGUUAACGGCCAUGCAGUGGCUUCUACGGUAGGGCAAUAAGCCUUUUCAUAGUUUAAGAAUCGAUUCCACUGCGCAUGCGAUUUU